AUGGCGGGCGUGGCACCCCCCUCAAAAGAGCAGCCACCGCUCGCUUACACCGCCUAUUGGGUCGAAAAAGGGGCUCUGACUUGGCAACCGUUUGCGGGUUGGCUGGCGUUGGGUGGGGCCGAUGACCUGGCAACCUCGAGCCGCGAUUCGACGCGAGCACCGACCAUCUGGUUCUCGUCCGCCCGCCCUGCCUUUGAGGAGACGACACGCGGGGGUUACAGGGAAGCACAGAACGGGGCGGCCAUGCACGCUCUUCCCUGUCAGGGCCAACCACGUAGGACCGAGGACCUGGACCCGGCAGGUAAGAUCCCAGCAGGUAACGUCUGA